CGCAUGAUGAUUGAGUAAACUCGACUCAACGACUAGUGGGGAGUUGUGUUUGGCUCCAAUCUGAACUCGCAAAAGGAUUCUGGGUCAAUAGUCUGCGACAAAGAUGAGGAUCAAUUUGUAUUUGGAAGACUGAGCUUCGGUUCCACUUGUCACCAUUUAGAUAUCCACGAGAUAUCGACCUGCCUCGAAGACAAUCAUUUCCACGUUCAUUGGACUAUCUGGACGUCUAUCAAUGCGGCUAUGCACACUCGUCUCGCUUCUGCAGCUAUUAACAGUUAAAUCGGCAUGGCAUAACGGACCCCGUGGGCGAUCAUCCUCACACGAGCGCCGCCAACACCUUCCGCUGCUGCCAAGGCAUCUUGGCAUACCAAUCAUUUCGCGACUUGGCAAUUUGUCCCUUGUUGACCUUCUUCUUUGGGUCGUGCAUCCUACCUCACCGUGUAACGAGAAGGUGGGUCGAAGGUCUUGGGUCGCGUGUGCUCCUUGUCUUGGCUGCUCAUGCCUGAGUACAUGUGUACAGCCGCCACCAUCGAAUAUUCGCUAUCUCUUGGCUUUUGGCACCAUUGUCAACCGCUUCUGAUAACAAUCCAACAGGUCUGUACUGUACAGGUGAUUGACCCGCGGCUCGACAAUAUAAAGUUUUGAGGAAUGCUGCAUAUUUCACUUCCCCUCUUCUCUCCGUAGGUAAG